AUGGCCCCGGUAAUCGUUCCAUUGAGUCAGCAUCAUCAUCAUCCUCCCGAGUCAUCCAACGACCCAUUCCACAGUCCAGGAGAGCUUCAAAUGCCGGGCAAGUCGAUAUUCCUGUUGCUGCCACAUCUACUUCCCGAAUCUCUCAGCAGUCCUCACUCCAACCCGAGAGAAAUACCGGCCCAUCAGGACUCGAGUCUGGCCAUUGCUGUUGCCAGGCAUGCGGAAUCCCGGAUCAACCACCGCCCCAACAACAUCAACAUCCUCUGCUGCAUAUCAACCCUCACCUCACCCUGUAAGACACGCUGGGCCAACUCGUACGCCAGUUGCAUCAACAUCUCGAGUACCUCAGCAGUCCAUGCAUCAGCCGACGAGAAAUGCUCUAUCAGCUCAUACCUCCACUUCUUCGGUGUCAAGGAUGGCUCAACAGCCGACGAUACAGCCUCCAAGGACUUCAGUAUCAACUCAUACCCCCUCUGCCUCUCUGUCUCGCACUCCUCAGCAGUCUACAUUACGCUCCGCAAGAGCCACCGCAGUGCCGUUAAACACCCCCAGUUCCUCAGCAUCUGCGCCUAUUCUCGAAAAAAGAGAUGGCAAGAUGGCAAGCUAAAAUUCCACACCUUCAACCAAAAAUACAUGGUAUAUGACGACGGUGGAGGCUUCGUCGGUGACGGGCACUGGCAGGGGGAUGCGAGUGAGGUUACAGAGGGCCUCGAGAUGAACCUUGACCGGGGCAUGGCCAUUGUACAAGUAUUGGAGUGCACGGGAUCCAAGGAACAGGACCUCGGGGAGGUUCUGGGCAAGCGGGUGAGGGAGGUGGAGGAGAGGCGUGCAAGUGCUGCAGCCAAGGUCUCGUCAUCAACGGCUCCGGCUCCGGCUCCUUCGAAUCCAGCCAAAAGGAGCAGAGUGAUCGCAGUGGCGGUCGAACCACCGCGGGCUGCGACUCUAACCAAUAUGGUCCCUCUGCCUCCUAGAAACGGAGGGGCAUGGAGCACGCAUGCCAUGGACCUCUUGGGUAUGACCCGGCCAAGGCGGGAGUGA